UCCCGUCUCAUCUACUAACCUUCUUCCGGCAGCCGGUCGUCUUGCGCUCCCGCAUAAACACUGAACCGCGAGCUGCUGAGAGAUCGAGAGCUAAGAUGCCGCACGACUUUCAGCCUGGAGACCUGGUGUUCGCAAAGAUGAAGGGAUACCCGCACUGGCCAGCCAGGAUCGAAGAUGUUGCUGAGGGUGCAGUGAAGCCACCCCCGAAUAAAUAUCAUAUAUUCUUUUUUGGCACACAUGAAACGGCAUUCAUCGGAGCUAAAGACUUAUUCCCAUAUGAGAAGUGCAGAGAUAAAUACAGUAAGCCAAACAAGCGGAAGGGCUUCAACGAGGGAUUGUGGGAAAUCCAAAAUAACCCGCAUGCCAGUUACACUAACCCUGUGGCAGCUAACUCAUCUGACAGUGAGGCUGCAGAGGUAGAGGGUGGCAGAGGAAGUGAUGCUUCUGAGGAGGAGAACAUCAUACCCAAGAAGGCAGAAUCUGGUAGUGAUGCUGAAUCUGAUGAAGAAAGAGUAAAGCAUGCAAAAGGUGGAGUGAAGCGCAAAGGGGCCUCCCAAAAGAUGCCACCCCCAAAACGUGCUCGUGGGAGUUCAAGUGAGAGAGAAGCACCUAAUGAAGAGAGCGGUUCACCUACAGAAACUGAAAACACAGAGAGCUCAGAGUCGGAAUCUGAAAAAAACAGUGACCAGGAUUUCACUCCUGAAAAAAAACCUGCUGCUCGAGCUCCCAGGAGAACUUCAGGACCUGGCAGGAGGAAGAAAGUGGCUUCUGAUUCAGAAUCUGAUUCAAAAUCCGAUUCGGAACCAGAAUCUCCUAAAAAAGUGGUGGAAGAGGAGGAAGAAGAAGAAAAAAGGCAGCAACAAGAUGUGAAAAAGAAAGCCUCUGUUAUCUCGGAUUCAGAAUCCAAGUCGGAGUCCAAAUCUGAGUCCAAGUCUGAAUCCGAGUCGGAUUCUGAUAAACCAGUGAAGAAGGUGGUACGCCGUGGACGGAAACCAGCUGCUGCAAAAGCUCCCCCAAAGCCUCGUGCCAGGAAACCUGUGCCAGCACCUGCCAGAACACCUUCCGAUUCCAGUAGUGACAGCGACAGUGAUAGUGACGUUGACCGAAUCAGUGAGUGGAAGCGACGGGAUGAGGAGCGGAAGAGAGAGCUGGAAGAGAAGCGGCGGCGAGAGCAAGAAGAAGAGGUUCGAAGGUUACGAGAGCAAGAAAGAGAAGAGGAGGAACAGAAGAAGAAAGAGAAGGAGUCAAAAGGUACUAAAGUCAGUGGCAAUGAGGACAAUGACAGCAGCAGUGAUACCAGCAUAGAUGAUAUGGUGCGCCGUAAAACUCCGCCUAAGAAGACGAAAAAACCUCCACCUCCCAUCCCAGCAAAAUCAUCUUCUGAUUCAGAGGUUGAGAAAGAGGUGAAGAAGUCCGUAAAGCGACCAGAACCUGCCAAGAAGGGGAGACCAAAGAAAGAAAGGGAGCCUAAGGAGAAGAAACCACAGAGAUCAGAGGAGAGGCCACGAGGCAGACCACCAAAAUCAGAUAAGCCAAAGAGGAAAACAGAGAAAAUACAUGAAAAAGUGGUGAAGGAGCCUUCACCAGAAGAGAAGCUACAGAAGCUGCACACAGAUAUCAAAUUUGCACUGAAGGUUGAUAACCCUGAUGUGAAGAAGUGCAUUCAAGCACUUGAUGAACUGGGGAUGGUACAGGUGACCAGCCAUAUACUGCAGAAGAACACUGAUGUUGUGGCCACUCUUAAAAAGAUCCGUCGGUACAAAGCGAGCAAAGAGGUAAUGGAGAAGGCAACAGAAGUGUACAAUAAACUGAAACUGCAAUUCCUUGGAGCAAAAGGGGAAUCUGUACACAAGUCCAAAGUGGAUGCUCCAAACAAAGAAGAGAUGACUCCUAGCACACUUCAGAACACAGAUUUGUCAGCACCUGUGAAUGGAGAGACAGAAUCUCAAAAGGAAGAAAACAAAUCCACAGAGUUGGCUGUGCCUAGCCCACAUCUCCCAGAAGACGAUCAGAGUAACAACGCUGCAGAUUCACAACAAAACAGUACUGAGAAGAAUGACACAUCGAACACAAAACACAACACUCAUAUGGAGAUGGAAACUGCUUGUGCCGAAAGCUGAGAACAUUUCAGGAUUUGUGAGCAAAGGAUUGUGGGAUGCAGAAUAUCUCAAACACAACACAUUUACGGUCAGACAGAUACACACCAACAAAAUCUGGCACAGCCAAAGUGCAAACUUUUUUUUUUUUUUUUUCUGAUAUCCACCCAACUUCAACUCCCCUUUUUUCUUUGUUUAAAGAUGUAACUUUUUUAAUACAAAUUAAUUCCUUCUGAUGAAUGUCCUCUUUUACUCCAUACAACCUGAAUGCAGAGUUCUUAAUGAAAUAAUGUUUGAAGACUUCUGUCUUCGACAAAGAUUGUAUUGUUACCAAUUCUGGGGGUUCCUGCUGUGCACAGAUCCCUUGGGGUAGGGUUUGGGUUCAGGUUAACUUUCAUCCUUAAGCUAGUGAGGAUGCUUAAGGUGUGAUAGGUAAUAGAGCUCCUGGGUGCCAGUGCGGUCUGCUCAAAUUGAUUUUUUUUUCCAAUGAGGGAUGGUGCCACAAUGUCUUGAUUUCAUCAGCCUGGUUCUGCUUGUGAAUGAGGCACAUCUUUUGAAUCUUGACUCUGCCCUCUGAUAUUUUUUUAAUAGUAACUAAAAAUUUGAAUAUGUGCUGCGGUUGUUUGUUUCAAUCUGUUUGUCUGAAGAAUUGGGAAAUGGAGUAGCUGCUGAUUUACAGUAUCCUCAAAAAUGUACUUCAUCUCCUAGCCAAGCAAUGGAACAAAAUGUGUAAUAAUUUAAAGAUGAAAUCAUUGGGCAAGAAUGGAUGUUCUUUACCAAAAUGCUGCUUUGUCCAUGCAGUAGUGAAUGUUUUAUGGGGAUGGAAUAGAAUGUUGGAAUUCAGUGGAUACAGAAAGUGGUUAAGGUGUUAAAAAACAAAACAGAAAUGGAAUCCUAAUGUGUGUAAGAAAUCCCCCUCCUAUUUUCCUCUACAAUCCCAGCAAUGGAUUUCUUUAUGGGGCCCUGAUCUAGAGGGUAACAUUUCCUCACCAUGUCCAGCACUAGGGUGCUUGCUGUGACAUUUGUGAUUCAAGCUUGUAACUGUUGUGCGUUUUACUUGUUUUCAUUUGAGUGAAACAAAACUUGAUUUUGUCGAAGAAAAGAAAAAAAAAUCUUUUGUUCUUGUUUUAUUUAUAUGAUCUGCUUUUUAGAUACCUUUUUAACAAUAUGCAAGCACUAAACAAGGCAAGUCAAAUAUCAAAAAUGAUGUAUCUUUGACUUUGUAAGAAAAAAAAAAAAGGGGGUGGAUGGGGUCUUGGGGAAGAAUAUCCAGAAUUUAAAAAUGUUACAUCCUUUUAAAUAUAGCACAAACACAUUUUUUAGCAAAAAGUGCUGAAGAUCUCAAAAGUUAAAAUAACAUUUUUGUAAGUGUUAAAGUAAUCACUGAUUUGCAGCCUUAUAUGUAGUUGUGUUCGCAGCCCUCUCUUUGACUUCUCUGAGUAGAGAUGUGGCUUGCAGUUUGGGGUCAGUGAAAGUUUAGCAAACUUGAGGCCGUUGGUCCUCUUAACCAUUUUGGUAAAAAUUUUAUAUUUUAUUAUUUAACCUUUCUUGAACGUUGCUCAUUUGAAUUUGAAAUCGACAUUUUAAAAAUUAUCAGCUUUUGAAAAAAAAAAAAAAAAAAAAAAAACAAAAAACAUAUAUGGAAGUGUUUAACAUAUCAAAUAUUUAGACAAUAUUUUUAGAAAUUAUUUUUCUUUUUGUAUGUAAUAAAUGGUUGUUGGCCCUACAAACUUUUGUAGAGUAAACUGAAUGCAAAUGAUACAGAACAAAGUCAACAGGGCUGACAGCCAUUUUAUUAUUUCAUUUUUCAUAUUAUAUGUAAAUUUUGAAAAUGCUAAUGCUAUCCUAAUAUUUGAUAAAGUGUUACUUUUAUUUUGUUCAAAAGAUGCUUUCAAGAUUUAAAAUGACAAUUUUAAAUUUCAGCUGGUGUUGGAGAAAGGUUAAAUUCUAAGAUGUCUUUCAAACACUGGAACACCUUACUAUAUGACAUGAAGCUUUGAGACCUUCUGCACAUAUGGUAAAAGGAUUACCAGUUCUUGGUGAUCUUUUUUUGAUGACCCUGUGUGUAUAUGUGUGUAUACAAUUAUGUUACAUUGUAUUUUUGAUGUUCUUUUAAGGACCGGAAGUUGUACUUGAAAUUAAAGAUGGAGGAGGUCCAGACUUUGGGACGGGUGGUGGUUAUCUGGAGAGACUGAUGGGUUUUUUUAAGCAAGAUAUGAAGAUCUGACAUUUAAACAACCCAUGCAUGGUGUUGUGGGUGGACAAGUGCCUAGUCCAAAACCAAAAUGACCAAGAGUACUUGUGAGGGAACAGUGGUACCCACCACACUUUACAUUUAACUUGCAUAUGUAAAUGGAGGAAGCCUACGUCUACUUAGGAUUUAGUCCUGGGGUCUCUCUUUAUGCUUUACAUUUGAGUUUAUAGAAACAUAAUCACUUUUUUAUCUAAUCUGGUUAGCUAAAAAGCAAUAGCAUGGUUUAACAAGCUAUUCUUUUGUUAGUGUUGAAAAGGCUUAGUUUUUUAGUUGGGUUUUCCCACCACUUAAAGACCAGCACAUCUGUGUUAGCUGGGACCCAACAAUGGAUUGGCCUCUACUUUGUAUCUGUUUUAUGCACGUGUCUGUUCCUGAAAGAAAGGGGAUUUGGCUUUUCAUGACCCAGUAAUUUGGGGG